AUGGGUUCCCAAUCUUGUCCCUCCAAGCUCCCUCUCUUAGAUUUCUCUAAGCCAGAAUCAACCAAAACUGGCAGUUCAGAGUGGGAAUCCCUGAAAUCACAAGUCCGCGAGGCGCUGGAAGAGUACGGCUGCUUCGAGGCCUGCUUCGACAAGAUUUCUUCGGAACUUCUUACCGCUGUUUUGCGAUCGACGGAAGAGAUUUUCGAGCUGCCUCUGGAGUCCAAACUGCAGAAUGUGUCCGAAAAACGCUACCACGGUUACGUAGGGCAGCAUGCUCAAGUCCCGCUGACCGCUGUACGAAAGCUUGGGGAUAGAUGA